ACAAAGAGCAACAACCGUCCUUUUUAACUACACAAAACAAAAAAGAAAGAAAGAAAAAGAAAAAGUGCAGCUAUCUCUCCUCCCAUUUGACAUUUUCUUACAAGCUUUAAGCAGCUGGCAACCAUCCUAUAGCAAGAACAGUCAUGCGCCCUGCAGUUCUAAACUGAAGUCACGUGUGGAGCAGAGGACGGUAGCGGCAGUUGCCAUAACGACGACAGACGGAGAGGAUCGAAGUUCAACUGAUGAGCUACUGAUUUAGAAGAUUAUACCAAAAAUGACUGUAGUGGCUUCUUGUUUAUUGACAUUGAGUUUGAUAAUUGCAAGUAUAAAAUUAUGUGAACUGUUUCCACAUGAACUGUCUACAAAAAAUGUGGAAAGUGCAAAAUCAGAAUCAUCAUAUUCUUUAGAUACAAAUAAAGAAUCAUUUGCUAGUGAAAUAAAGAGGAAUAAAAGUUUGGCUGAAGCAAUUGAAAAGGAUGAUACUAUAUAUAAUCAAAGAGCACACAUCAGUGAUUUUACAAAUCCAAGAACAGGACUUAAUCCAUUUUUAGAUUUAAUUGAAGGUACAUACACUGGUUCUAGUAGACAAGGAGCAACAAUUCCAGAGAAGCCUACCAGAGUUCCAAAAUUUGAGAGUCGAACACAUCCUUCAUAUUCUCUUCCUUCAUACCAUCAGUGGCCUCCAGAUAUUGUAGAAGGAGAAUCAAACCCAAGGCAAAAGCUUGCAGUGGAUGCUGGAAAAUCUCUUAUUGAGGACUCUUCGUCCAAUGGAAGAAUUCAUGUAUUUCCUACUAAUCUUUUUCCUUUUAGAGAUGUCGAAUCUACGACUACUAAAUUGCCAAGAAUGCAAAAACCAUCAAAAUUACUCCCAACAAGAAAAUGUGAACCAUCAAAGCCAUUACCAAUAACGAGUGAAGAUAAUUUAAAUGUAGAUCUCGUGACAACAUCUGCUCCAAAUAAUAAUAAAGAAAUUGUUACAACACGUGAAAAAAAUCUAUCAAAUAAUUCAAAUCGUAAUUUUACUAUUGGAAUUACAAUUUUAGGAAUUGCAGUAAUAUUUUUCACUAUAAUGUUAGCUACUUGUUUGUGGAAACAAAGGACGAAAAGGGUACCACGUCAUGCAACAUUAAGAAACAUAGUUAAUAAUGAACCUGUGAGAGGACGAUCAAUGCAUUAACAAAGAGUACACAUAUUCAGGAAUUAGUAUCAUCCAGCAAUUACUAUGAUACAUAAAAAUCAAUAUAUCCAUAUUAGCAUAAGGAUAAUGCUCAACAACAACUUUGUCAUACGUGAAAAACAGUUUUUGAAUGAAAAAUACAAUAAUUUUAUAGUAGAUACAGAAAUAAUGAAAAAAAUAGUGUAAUUUUAUUAUUAAUUACAUACUAUACAAGAUGUUUUGUAUAAUUUGACUUCAAUAUAUUUAAUAUUUAUAGAGCUUAUUCAUUGAGAAAAAGAGAAGUAAAAU